UUUGACUGGUAGUGGAUUUCUUUUUUUUAUUUUUUAUACAGUGAACAAAAAUGGUCAACAAAUUGAAUAUUCAUAAUGUUUCAGGUCUUUGUGAAAUGAAGAAAGCACUCAUUUGUGAAACUUGUUAAACUUACCUAGUAGGCAGGUAUUUAACCUCCACCUCUACAACAGUUCCUUCCUAAUCCUCUCUCUUAAGACCCCCAAGUCAGUGGAAGCUAUUAUGUAAGCCACUUUGCCUUAUCUGAUAUCUCACAAUGUAUAUUCCAUAUAAGGUCACAAGAUGUAUUACUUCCUUUUUGUCUUUAUUUGAAGGACAGAAGAGGAAACCGUUUAUGACAGCUCACAUUAAUAAAUAAAGUAAAAAUUAUCCACCCUUUUCUUCGCGUAGUGGGCGCAUUUGUAAAUUGUAUAGGUCUGACUUCCAGUCUCAUCUGCCUCCAGCUAUUUUUAGCUGUACAAAUACAGCUGGUUUUGCUGCUUGAUAUUGCAAAUUGGUGUGUCUUGCCAUAUUAUUUUACUGUAUUGUCUUAAUUAUGAACACACUGGUUUGUAGUGCAAACAGUUUCACCAUUUACUACAUAUUGUUAUACUAGCUUCUGUGUUGAAGAAAAAGGUGGAAAACAUGUAAGACUUUACUUUUUUCCCCUUUCUUGUAAGUAUUUUAUGUAAUAAAGUAAUUAUUAUACUGUAAUAUAUUCUAAAUAUUGGUAUACAGUCAGGUUAAUCAGGUAUAAAAGCCAUUAAAUAUUUUUACAUCUAACUUUCUACAAUAGAAGGUUCGACAAGGUACAAAUUCAUCCGUCCAAAAUUAAUUUAACGCUGAUCUUCUGACCUCGCAUUCUUUGUUAGUGAGGGGAGAACUGUCACCCAAUCGAUCGUCAUGAGGCGGCCCGUGUCGUCACUCUGCCCGCUCUAUAAAACUCCCCCCGACUCACUCACCUGGUUAGACAAACACCUCUCUAAUCUACAGCUGAGCGCACGCUUAUUUUGUCAUUGACAAUAUUUUUACAGCCUGUUUAGUGGGCAAACCUGAAGGAAUUUUACAAUUCUGGCAGUCCUAAAAGUUUACAAAGACAACUUUUAUGAAUCUUGCAAGUUUUUCAUAUUUCACGGGCAUGUGCAACAUGACGGCAGAGUCCCAGCACUCGCCAGCCGAGGCGGCCAGUCCAGUGGUGGUGUCUCCCAACGUGAGCCUGGACUCCCCGAUUCCUCUUCCUCCACCUGCGCUGAACCACCAAGCCCGAUCCAAGGACGGGGUUCUCAUCAAAGCCGAGCCUCGGGGCAGCAGUCCAAAUACAGACAGGGAGGAAGGGGUUUCACUGGGUCAAACAGAAGAACAUCUGCCCGCCACUGGAAGCCGGCGGAGAAAAAGGCCAGUGCAGCGAGGUAAACCUCCUUACAGUUACAUCGCACUUAUAGCAAUGGCCAUCGCCAAUUCACCUGAGAGGAAACUCACUCUAGGCGGCAUCUAUAAGUUCAUCAUGGAACGCUUUCCAUUUUACCGCGAGAAUUCCAAGAAGUGGCAAAAUUCCAUAAGGCAUAAUCUCACCCUCAACGACUGUUUUGUGAAGAUCCCGCGGGAGCCCGGUAGGCCCGGUAAAGGAAACUACUGGACGCUUGACCCGGCCGCUGAGGACAUGUUCGACAACGGGAGUUUCUUGCGACGGAGGAAGCGCUUCAAGAGGACCGACGUUAGCACAUAUCCUGGCUACAUGCAAAGCUCGAGUGCUUUCACGCCCACACCUAUGGGUAGACAGGCGUACCCCAACACCUUGUACCCGGGUGUAACGUCUGGCUACGGGUCUCAGCUGACUGGUUCUCCGCACCCGGCGAUGCUGCAUCACUAUCAGGCAUCGGCCGGGGUCACGCAGGGGCAGCCCAGGAUGUUCAGCAUCGAUAACAUUAUUAACCAGCAGACAGCGAUGCAAGGUGGAGGAGAUCUCAACUCGCAGCCUCUCGGCCUGGGUGCUGGAGACUUGAACGCCAUGACCUCCAGCUGCUCCGUAUCCACCUCUGACCCAACCUGCUUUCAGACACAACCGAUAAAUCCCACGAGCAACAUGCUGAACCGAAACACUGGAUCCCUUGCUGCAAACAUGACGACCAGCUACACGUACCCCUCCUCGUCUUCGCCUACUCACCUGUCCGGGGUCACGCAGUCCAGCUUCUCACCGGGAGGUUCACAAGUGUACUGUUCGGGGAACAGGAUUUCCCUGCCGCCUGUGCGUUCCGGGUCCUGCGCAGAUCAUACAGAACCACUUUUAGGCCUCUCCGGACCGACAAUGAACUCCUACAAUAAUUCCUAUAUGAGACAAGCCAAUUUUGCCUCAGGACUGGAGCGAUACAUGUGAAAAAUCCUGCACUGACAACGCGAUCCACUGCAUAUCAAUGGCCCCGACAAUGAGUUCUUGUUUAUUAUGUAACAAAAGUUGUGUACCGUGUGACAGAAUUAACAAGUUAUUUGUUUUGUAUAAAAUCAAGAGUUACAGUUCUGUUUUUGAAGUUCUGAAACAUUUGUUUGGACAAACAACCCCCUGAACAAUGUAAAUAUUUUUAUCAAAUAAAUGUUUUUGUGUAAUGUUUUCGUUUGUUCUCUAUUUCACCUGUCGUUCAGAACAAUUUGAUUCAAUGAUCCAACAU